GACGGAAGGAGGCUGCGGGCGGAAAAUGGGGACCCACUUGGCGCCGGCCAGCGCUGGGCGCUUCUAUCUUAGUGUCUUAGGCAGCCUUCUGAGCCUUCCAAAAGACAUCAGCGACGAAGCCAAAGCUGCGCCUGUUCCCCACUUCUUGGCCCGAGAUGAUGAAGG